CUUCUCACCACAACUACCUCCAUCAAGAAUCGUCUCUUCGUAUCAACCAUCUACAUCCACAAAAUCUGUAACCAUGUAGCGGUCUAUAACCAUGUGGUUGUAUAGAUCCAUGUGGCUGUAUCCCCGAUUCCCAGACGACGAAAAUGAUGAUAUAACAAUCGCCAAAAGAGCAAAACGUCAUAAUCGGCGAAUUCGGAUCGACAAGGUGUUCGACGGCAUGGUGGAAGGUGUGGCAGUUGGUAAACCAUAUUUUGCUAUACCAAAGAAGCGAGCCUUCAGGUGGAUGUUUAUGUCUUUUCACGCCCCCGAAGAGUAUCACGCUGCAGACGUAGAAGAUCAUGCGCCAUGGUAUUUGGUCAUGCGCCAUCUACUCGUCGACCUUCCCGAACAACUGGAGAAUCUGGAGAAUAACGUCAGCCUGAAAUCAUGGCGAAAUCAUCGGGUGGAAGACCCAAAAGGGCUGCAAUACCUUCAUCGCCCGCCACAUGUUCAGGGCUACUUCUACCAGAAAUGGGGGCGGCGAAUCGUUUUCUCGGAGCAGGCCGAGGAAGAACCCCGAUCGCUAACGGGACGCUGGCUGGUAGUUGCCUACAUAUGGAGUGAUAGUCGUGAAUGGUUGAAAAAUGUCGAUGUGAGAAACUUGGUAUCCUUUGGCAGCGCGUUGUGUGGUAAUAUUCGCGGCUACGAACAAGUCCCUUCUCCCUAUUGUGCAAGCGAAACAUAUUUUCAUCAGUUUUACGAUUUCAACCAAACACCAUCCGGGCCGUUCUACGAAGCGCUAGAAGGCCCUGCUGUGUUGGGGAGGGUUCCUCGAGUCGAGUCAGAUGCUCUCCCGGAAAGGCUCUCCCGGCUUUGCAGUCUCAUGAACAACCAGGCUAGAACUCUGCUAUACGCAAGCCAGGAGAGACAAGCUGAUUUUGGGAACACUCCACGGAAUCGGCCAGACGAUGUGUGGCGAGGAUCGUCUCGGGUCGAGAAUUGCACCUGACGAGCGUCCAGGACCAAUCUUGGUCUCCGCCCAAGGGCUAGUUUAUGUUCCAUAUUCUAUCUAUGGUCUCUCCUGGAAGCCAAAUGAUUGCCCUGUCUAAAGAAAAAGGAGAAACAAAAGAGGAAAAGAGAAUAGAGACACACAGAGAGAGCGAGAUCAACCCAGUAGCAGCGGAACCUUCUCUAUGAGGUAUUCGACUACAGCAUCGGGACCCCUCUCAACCUGCAGUCCCAUCGGGAUGGCGUGUGUCUUGAUGUCCG